AGUUGUGGGUUUAGAGGGUGGGGCUGUGGAGCCGAACCCUCCUCACAUAUCAGCUGCUUCAGGCGCAGUUCGAUUAUUGUGCGUGAGAGACGGUCCAUUUGUUUCUCUGCAUCAAGUGACAUCGUGAGAGUCCACAAUGGUUUACCAUCCAGAGUUUGAAAAGGCUGGCAAAGAGCCUGGCCUGCAGAUCUGGAGAGUGGAGAAUUUGGAUCUCGUGGCUGUGCCCAAAAACCUCUAUGGAGACUUCUUCACUGGAGAUGCCUAUCUUGUAAUGCGCACCAUUAAACAGCGAUCUGGGGCUUUGCAGUAUGAUCUGCAUUUCUGGCUGGGUGAAUCGUGUUCCCAAGAUGAAAAGGGAGCUGCUGCCAUCUUCACUGUGCAGUUAGAUGAUUAUCUUCAAGGCACACCCACUCAGUAUAGAGAGACGCAGGGCUAUGAGUCCAGCGUUUUUCUGGGCAACUUCAAGUCUGGCAUCAAAUACAAGGCUGGAGGGGUGGCAUCAGGCUUCUCCCAUGUUGUACCCAAUGAUGUAACAGUACAACGUCUGCUCCAUGUGAGUGGCCGCAGAACGGUGCGAGCAUUGGAGGUCCCUCUGUCUUGGGACAGCUUCAACAAAGGAGAUUGCUUCAUCAUUGACCUGGGCACAGAAAUCUUUCAGUGGUGUGGCUCAAAGUCCAAUAGAUUUGAAAGGCUAAAGGCCACAUACAUUUCUAAGGGUAUCCGUGACAAUGAGAGAAGUGGCCGUGCCAAGCUGCGUGUGUUGGAGGAAGGAAUGGAGCCUGAUAGGUUGAUUGAGGUUCUUGGACCAAAGCCAGACCUGCCAGAAGGAACUUGUGAAGAUAUUAAAAUUGAUGCAUCCAACAGGAAACUGGCUAAAUUGUACAAGGUUUCGAAUGCUGCUGCUGAUGAAGUUCAAAUAACCUUGGUGGCUUCGGAGAACCCAUUCAAGCAGAGCAUGUUGGACUCUGAAGACAGCUUUAUCUUAGACCAUGGUUCCAAUGGGCAGAUCUUUGUCUGGAAAGGUAAGAAUGCUAAUCCGGAAGAACGGAAAGCUGCUCUGAAAGCUGCUGAAGAGUUUAUUACAAAAAUGGGAUAUCCCAAACACACCCAGAUUCAGAUUCUGCCAGAGACUGGUGAGACCCCGCUGUUCAAGCAGUUCUUCAAGAACUGGGUUGACCUGUAUCAGACCGAGGGAAUGGGAACCUGCUACGUUUCUGGGCAGAUUGCCAAAAUUGAAAAAGUGCCUUUUGAUGCUGCGACUUUGCACGAAUCUCCUGCCAUGGCUGCUCAACAUGGAAUGGUGGAUGAUGGCUCUGGAGAUAAAACGAUCUGGCGCAUUGAAGACAAUGGCAAAAUGCUUGUUGAUCCCAGUACUCAUGGCCAAUUCUAUGGAGGGGACUGCUACAUUAUCCUGUAUCCUUACACAUCCUCGGGAAGACAGGGCCACAUCAUCUAUUACUGGCUGGGAAGUGCAUCAUCCCAGGAAGAAAAGGGUACUGCUGCCAUCUUGACUACUCAGCUUGACGAUGAUCUGAGAGGUUGCCCAGUUCAGGGAGUUGCUGGUUCCGAAGUCACUAACCAGGUCCGGGUGAUACAGGGGAAGGAACCAGCCCAUUUGAUGAGCAUGUUUGGAGGAAAGCCGCUGGUUGUUUACAAGGGUGGGACCUCCAGAGAAGGUGGCCAGACUGCGCCUGCGGAAAUACGUUUAUUUAAGGUCCAAGCCAGUAGCUCUGGAUUUACCAGAGCUUUGGAGAUUGAUAAUAUUGCCUCCAACCUGAAUUCAAAUGAUGCUUUUGUUCUGAAGACUCCUGAAUCAUCCUUUACCUGGCUUGGCCAUGAGGCAAGUGACGCUGAGAAGCAAGGAGCACAGCAACUCUUGGAUAUCCUGGGAAUUGAUGCCUCUGAAAUAACGGAGGGCAGUGAACCAGAUGAGUUCUGGUCGAACUUGGGUGGAAAGGCAGAAUAUUGUACUUCCCGGAGACUGAAGAACAAAAUGGAUAUUCAUCCUCCUCGCCUCUUUGCAUGUUCUAACAAGACUGGGCGCUUCAUAGUUGAAGAGGUGCCUGGUGAACUCACCCAGGAUGACCUAGCCACUGAUGACAUCAUGCUUCUUGAUACAUGGGACCAGGUGUUUGUGUGGAUCGGGAAUGAAGCACGUGAAGAUGAAAAAACUGAGGCCUUAAAAUUAGCUGAAGAAUAUAUUGAGACGGACCCUUCCAACAGGGAUAAGGAGACACCAAUAACUCAGAUCAAACAAGGCUCUGAGCCUCCCUCGUUCACUGGCUGGUUUUUGAGUUGGGAUCAUGAUUAUUGGAGUAUUGAUCCCUUGCAGCAACUCAUGGGCAUGGAUGAAGACUCUUAAAGCCCUGGGAACAUUCCUUACUGUCAUGCUUUUGAUCUCUCUUUUUAAGGAGCUUUAAAAGAUAUGAAUGUUAAAGUUGCGCCAACCAUGAGCACUGCUGCUUACUGCAAUUUUCUGUGCAAUAUUUAGGCUGUGCAUUGGCAUGUGCCACAUGUUCCUGCCUCCUGCUUUUGGUAAUUAAUAAAGAUUGACUGACUGAGA